AGCAUCUCCCUGUUGUCGAUCCGCAAUGACAGCCGUCGUUACUACGACAGCCCCGCGUGGUCCAACUGCCCAAGCACCAUCACUAACACCACUGCAGCAGGAGAUCUUGAGUUGGGAUUUCUUCAAAGAUGUGAAUGAUGACCGGACGCAGGAAGAGCUGAAGAAGCUGCAUGAAAAUGAGGAUGAACUCGGGUUCGACCAUGUGCCGCUGAGGUUUGAGAAUUUUGAGGAGUACAACGACGUUUUCUACCCUCUAUUCCUCCGUGAAACCAAGUCGCAGCUCGAUAGAGCUCGUCAUAUGGAGCGAGGAGAGACUGAGAAAUUCUCUCACCUCACCUUCCGGAUUAUCAAUGAGCGAAUAGGUUUCGUUCGUCUCGAACUAAUACGGAUGUCCAUGGCAUCGAGAGAACAGUACGGUGGCUCGGACUUAGUCCUGAUGUCGAGUUUAGAGGAUCCCCUCGAGGACAAUCCAGUACACGCCUUAGCAUACGUGGAAAGCUUCGUCGAUGGUCGACUAUCGCUGCGUUUAAGACUGGAUCUGCAAACAGGUCAUACAAGUGACAGACACAUGUUGGAGUUCCGGGAACGGAGCAAGCGGAUUGCCUCAGCUAUCGCUGAGAAUGCCGACUGGUAUAUUACGAAGAUCACGUCCAUGUCUACCAUUCAUCGUGAAUACCAAGCCAUGCAGGCUCUCAGGAGAUCGCCUCUACUCAAGUGGGUGCUAAAUGAUAUCGAGGUGGAGGAAGGCCAGUGCGAUGUCAGCCCGAAGGCGGAGCAACCCUCUGCUAAGAAGCGUCGGAAGGCAGCUGAAGUAGCUAAGCCUGCAACACGGAAGCAACGUCGACUGAAAAUGCCGCCUGGACUGAAGACUACCAUUGAGGGAAAAUACAACGACUCACAGCGGCAUGCUAUCAUGGAAGCUACUAAGAGUGAAGGGCUCACGCUGAUUCAGGGUCCUCCGGGUACCGGAAAAACUACUACUAUCGUUGGUAUCCUCUCUGCCAUUCUCAACUCGGAUGAUGCAGAAGAAGCGGAGGAGACAGACCCGUCUGAGGCGUCGACCGCGCUCCCGCGUGAAAUCAUCGACGAUGGAGGAGAGCUCAGUAGUAGCGAUAUUGAAGACGAUGCUGAGUUCGAGAAGCAGCUAGCGAAGCGGCGCAAACGCAAUUUGGAGGAAAUCCGAAAGGUUGAGAUGAAGUGGGCGUACAAGGGCUUCAAGAGCUGGCAAGAGACAGCACCAAAGAGGCUCUAUCCACCCCAGCCGAACAACCCUAAGGACGCCUAUCCUGAAGAUCCUGUGAUGAGGUUAUUCAAGGAGAACACGUCGAAUGCCAAGCCGAAGCGUAAGGUCCUUGUAUGUGCACCCAGUAAUGCUGCUAUUGAUGAAAUUGUGAGAAGAGUAACGUCAACGGGAAUAUACGGCAGAGACGGAACGUUAUACACUCCUUAUGUCGUCCGUCUUGGUCCCAAUCUGCAUCCUUCGCUUCAGCAGUAUUCUCUGGAAUCGAUCAUGGCUACUAGACGUAAGGCAACUUCGGGGGGAGCCGCGACCAACAAGGAGGAUACUUAUAGGCACCGCGUAUCGAUUCUAAACGAAGCUGUGAUCGUCUGCGCUACUCUCUCCGUUAGUGGCGGCAGAGAUUUACUGAGUUACCCUGGCAGCUUCGAUACCGUGGUGGUUGAUGAGGCUAGUCAGGGCGUUGAAAUGGGGACACUGAUUCCUCUCCAAAUGGGUUGCCAACGUAUGGUGCUGGUCGGAGAUCCCAAGCAGCUACCCGCCACAGUAUUCUCUGCCACAGCUGAGCGAUUCGGCUACGGCAAAAGUCUUUUCCAGCGUUUGCAACAGUCGGACUUCCAAGUGAACUUGCUGAGUACGCAGUUCCGUAUGCAUCCUGCCAUCGCGGAGUUCCCUUCGAACGAGUUCUACGAUGGUGGCGUUAAGAACGCUGAGAAUAUCAUGGAGCUCGUGGGAGAUCAGCCAUGGUCUCAUAUACCGAUAUUCGGUCCUGUGUCGUUCUUCAAUGUCCCUGGUCAAGAGGAGAAGUCUUACACAUCUCUUACUAACGAAGCCGAGGCUAACUUCAUCAUCCACAUUUUCAAGAUGUUGCAAGUUUGCUGGCCUAAGGAACCAUGGCGGGAAAAGUUAGCAGUCAUAUCCCCUUACGCUGAGCAGGUGCGCCUUAUUCGGCAAAAGUUCAGGCAACUAUACAACAUGGUCGAAAGCAAGGUGUGUCCAGUGGAAGUGAACACAGUCGAUGGCUUCCAGGGCAGGGAAAAGGAUUGUGUUGUGGUAUCAACGGUGCGUGCCGAUCCUGAUGCAACUUCGGUCGGUUUCGUUCGAGAUGUUAGACGAAUGAAUGUUAGUCUCACCAGAGGAAGGACGAACCUAUGGGUCUGCGGGCAUCAGCGGAUGUUGUCAAAUAAUCCUCACUGGAAAAGCUUCAUUGUUAAGCAGCAGAAGGCGAAGCGGCUCUUCAACGUUACGCCAGGCAACGUCGAUGGGUUCUUGCGGAACUGGAUGUGGGCUUACUUCGUCCGUAACAAGAAGAACGGCAAGGUCAUGAAGUACCGUCCGGAAGCAGCUGAGUUCCUAGCCGAUGAACACCUCAAGAAGGGUGCUGCCGGGAGCGCAAGUGCUGCGGACAUACUGCAGAAAUCCGAGGGCGGUGCUUUCAAGCUGAGUGCGUCGGAAAUCACUGCACUGUACGAGAAGUCUGCGAUUGCAGCUAAGGCUAAGGCAUUGGAAAAGGAUGUUGGCAAGGACAUUGAAGAGGUUGCGUCCCUUGAUAGUCCUCUGGAGGGAGUAUCGCCAGCGGCGACCUCUCCUGCAAUCGAUGCUGAUAUGCUGGCGGAGGGAUCUGAUUCCAAGGCUCAUUCGAAGUCUAAUACUGUCCCUGACGAUUAA